CGCUCGCGACAAUUAAGUGUCAAAUCCAAGUUAGCUAUCCUACACCGCGACCCUCCGGUGCUGAGGGCAGUGGCCGCUCUCACCACGGGAACCAUAACGGGCACCGUCCAGUUCAUUAAGGAGAACCCUUAUGCGCAGGUGCAGGUGCACGGAAACGUGACCGGACUGAGCCCCGGCAGACACGGCUUCCACGUGCACCGGUUCGGCGACCUUACCGGCGGAUGCAAGAGUGCUGCCGCCCAUUACAAUCCCGCCAAUGCUGAUCACGGAGCACCUUCUGAUGACAUAAGGCACAUCGGCGACCUGGGCAACAUCGAGGCCGACGUGAAUGGAGUCGCACUCUUCAGCUUCUACGACCGCUUGCUGGCGCUCGAGGGUCCGCAAAACAUCAUUGGAAGAGCAGUCGUCGUGCACGAGCGGGAAGACGACCUGGGGCGAACCACGCACCCCGACAGCCGUUCGACGGGAAACGCGGGCGGCCGGCUGGGCUGCGGCGUCAUCGGCAUCGCUCCCUACUAACGCCAGGAGGCGCUCCAGCCGAACCACUGAAUGCCCGACUGUUGGGCUAUCUUUCUCUAAGAGUGGUCAGGAUGCGGUACUUGUAGUUUUUACUCCUUGAGCAGGCUUUGGUUAAUGAAGAAAAACUCAUUACAAGAAUGUGUCCAAGUCAAAGCAACCGCUACUACCGUCAGUGACCCUGACUGGUAAAGCUUAACGGUCACUGGCAGAGAACGGGCGUCCUGCACCAAAACCCCAUUUUCAUGCCUCGAACUCACCAACUUGGCAUCAGAUCCCGACAACAUAGCGGACGCCUGUCUUCGUUACAAGUCAAAUUCUGGCUGUUCAACUAGUAACAAAGACUUCGUGCACACGUCGCGUUCUGGUAGUGGCCAGCUGUCCAACGAACUAAAUCAUAAUAGCGGAAAUGGGCGAAAGGAAUGGAGAAAAAUUAGUCCCUAAAAGUGUGUUGAUUACUAUCCCAUGGAACCAACGGAAAAUGGAUGAUAGCCUGGAAAGCAGGCACCGGUAACAUUAAUUUUGAAAGUCGUAUGCAAAUACACGUGAAAUUACCGCGCACGUUUUCUUAGAUAUGGGUUCGGCUG